AUGGCUGCUGGUCCUGAAAUUUCAAUCGAAUCCGCAGCAUCAACGACGGUGGCUGGUUCUAUUACUGUCGUUGAUCAAUCCUCACCAAAAACUGAGGUCGCCGUUACCAACCAGAGCGACAAUUUCAAUGUUGCUAAACCCGAUGAUAACGAUUCCGUUGUGAAUAACGUUGACUCCCAAAACGGGUCCGAUUCCGAUUCAAAAUCAGAGAUGAAAAUGCAAGAUAUCGUCGAUAUCUUGUCCAAUUUGAAGUUGAAUCCCAUGGCGAAGGAAUUCUUCCCUUCUUCCUACUCGCCAAUUGAUCGCAAUGGUGAUCAUACCGAACUUACCCUCAAUUACUUCGCGCCUGCUUAUUUCACUAAUUCCCCUGGAGACGGAAUUGAAGCAUACCCUAAUAAUCGCAGAAGGAGAAAUAACUAUAGUCAGGGAAGAAGACGAUUAAAUGGAAGAGCUUUUCGAGCUCAAAGAGAAGAUAGCAUUAAGAGAACAGUUUAUGUUUCUGACAUUGAUCAUAAUGUCACCGAAGAGAGACUUGCUGCUCUGUUUAGCGCCUAUGGCCAAGUUCUUGAUUGUCGAGUUUGUGGGGACCCACAUUCACGUCUCCGUUUUGCAUUCGUAGAGUUUGCUGAUGAGAAUUCCGCAAGAGCAGCUCUUAAUCUUUGUGGAAUAAUGUUGGGGUUCUCUCAAGUUAGGGUUUUGCCUUCAAAAACUGCCAUCCUUCCGGUGAAUCCAACUUUCCUUCCAAGGUCAGAGGAUGAAAAGGAGAUGUGUGCAAGGACAGUCUACUGUACAAAUAUUGACAAAAAGGUUUCUCAAGCGGAGGUCAAGAAUUUUUUUGAAACAAGAUGCGGUGAGGUUUCUCGCAUUCGGCUUUUGGGAGAUCAUGUUCAUUCAACGCGAAUUGCUUUUGUUGAAUUUGUGAUGGCAGAAAGUGCGAUUAUUGCAUUAGAUUGCUGUGGUCAAACACUUGGAACUCAACCAAUAAGGGUGAGUCCAUCCAAGACACCCGGAGGAUUUCUUCUUGUGAGAAUCCUGCAAUCUGCAGAAAAUGGGCAAAGUAAUGUUGCUCAUUAA